AUGGCGAGGGAUGCGUUUGCGGCGUCGCCGUGGGCGGCCCGCUUCGUCGUGCAACGGCUUGAAUCCCGUCGACCCGGACGUCCCAAAGGCGCCGGCAUCGGACCCGGAAGGACGGGCAGCAUGUGCGGACACCUGGCCCGCCAUCGACUCACGUCCUGCUCCCCCUCACAUCUGCAAGAACGCGCUCCGUGUGAGUCUGGCGCUUGGUUGAAGCCGGAAGGUCGGCCCCUUGAGCCGCUCCGAGCGGCUAUGGGCAUGCUUCCCGGGCCCGUCGCGGCUUGGUCGUUGGCGUACCUCAAGCCUGGGGUCCUGGCGGCGACCGCGUGGGCUUCAUGCAAGCUGUGCCUGGCGUGCGCUGCCGUGGGGUACCUGACGGACUCGAAUAGGCUGCCGGCAUCCGCUCCCAAAGUCUUGAGCCAGGUCGCAUUCAAGCUUCUCAUACCGUGCAUGCUCUUCACGAAAGUGGUGACCGCGCUGGCGCUGAAUCCUGAGGCACCACUCCUCUUUAUCCCAGCUUCAGCAGCUGUGCUUGCAGCCGUUGGGCUGGGGUUUGGGCUCCUUGCUGGUGCCAUACUCGAGCGUGGGGUCUUCUUCUUCCGGACUGCCCCAAUGCUCCGGCCCAUUAAGCCUGCGCGAUCAGCAGAGUCUAUUGCAGCCACAACAGCAGCAGCGUUUGGAAAUCCUGCGGCAGCUCUUGUGCUCGUCCAAAAGCCACAGCUACCACCACAAGGCCUGACUGAGAUGCUUGUUGCUGCAUGUGGUUUUGGUGAUUCAUUCACACUUCCCCUUGUCUUCAUGCUUGCGCUUCUUCCAGCUGCCCUUGCAGAUUCUGCCACUGCCUAUGUUGCGCUGUUUUUGCUGGGUUGGUCUCCCUGUUUCUGGAGUAUUGGGUUCGCUAUGCUGACCUACCUACGGGGGCGGGAGAGGAAUGGGUCAGACUCCCUUCGAGUAGCUUCCCCAUUUGACGCAUCGCUGGUGCCUGCCGCCAACCCAAGAGUAGGGCGAAUGUACACAAAGGCACGACAGCGGGGCCCUGUCCUUGAUACGGGCAUGGGCUCCCGGGGAACACAGAUGGGUGCCCCCUCCACGCCAAAGGCCCGAUUGGUAGAUGCCAUCCAAUCCUGUCAGGCCUUCCUCAGAGAGUUUGCGUCGAGGGUGGUGAACCCGCCCUUGAUAGCGAUUUUGGCGGCAGUCGCGGUUGGGCUGUCCCCUCUGGGCAAGGUGCUGUGCCUCCCGGCAGGCCAUCCUGAGGUUGCACAGUGGGGUGGGCAUGGCUUGGGCGCCAUGGUUAGCAGCAGACAAGUUUUGGGUGUCCUGCAAGUGAUGUGGGAUGGCUUGUGUGUGCUGGGAAGCUCAGCAUUGGUGGUGCAGACGAUUGUAUUGGCAACAUCGAUACUCCAGGCCAAGGACAACACUGCAACAGCUGCAAGGGGACAACUCCGUGUUGAACCAGUGCAGAAGGGUUGGAGACGUCUGCUGCUCCCAGCAGACGCCCUUGAGUCCCGAGCGCUGCUGCUGGUCAGCAUCGUGCGGCUCUUUGUGAUGCCACUUGUGGGACUGGCGGCAGCAUGGACUCUCUCUGUUUGGGGUUUGCUUCCUCAGGACCCCAUCUGCUGCCUAGCGGUUCUCCUCCAGUGUGUUAUGCCGUCGGCACAGAAUUUG